UGUAUUUGGUUGUUUUGCUUGUUUUUAAUGUCUGUGCACCACUGUCUGAUGUCAGUGGUGGCUGGAAGAGGGUGCCAGAUCCACUGGUAUUGGAGUUUUAAAUGGUUGUGAGCUGCUAUGUGGGUGUUGGGAGUUGAACACAGGUUUUCUGGAAGAGCAGCAAGUACUUUUAACUGCGGAGCCAUCUCUCCAGCCCCUUGAUGCCUACCCCCCACCUCCUGUGCCACAAGCCUUCCCCAUGCAUGGGUAAGAGUGGGGCUGCCUCGGCAGCUGGGACUCCUCUUUUCCAGUAUGCAACAUCUGUGUCCAUUAGAGCUGAGGGGAAGCUGGCUGGGACUCCGGGGUUGAGGUGGAGGUCUGCUUGCACUGAUCAGCUUGACCCUGGAGGAAGCCAGGAUAGGGCCUAGGCCUUCCUGCUCCCACAGGAGCCUCAGCUUCUCCUGCCUCAAACACUAACUUCCCCUGAUUAGUGGGGAGUGUGGGAUGCCUCACAUCAGCCUGGCUCUUUACAGCUGUCCCAUCUUUACAGCUGAGCCUGCUGAUGGAGCCUCUCUGUGGCCCCGUCCCCCGCCCCCCCCAACCCUGGGUCAGCUGAUUGGCCGCCGUUCUCGUCCUUUUGGAAGGCCUUUAUCCUGACUAGCUCACCCCCCACUGCCGGAGGGCAUCACUAUCAUGGUGCCCUCUGAACCAUUUGCUUCCUCAUAGGUGUCUGCUGUUCUUUGGAAGGGCUGAUGGUAAAACACCACAACAAAAAGCAACGUGGGGAAGAACGUGUUAAAAUUUCAUCUUACACCUUCUCAGGUCAUACUCUAUCACCGAGGCACGUCAGGAUAAGGGCUCAAGGAAGGAACUGAAGCAGAGGUCACAUAGGAACACUGUUUUCUGGUCUGCUACUCAUAGCUUGCUCAGCCUGCUUUCUUAUACAACCCAGGACCACCAGCCUAGGGAUGACACCACCCACGGUGACCUGGGCCCUCCCCCAUCAAUCAUCAAUCAAGAGAAUGCUUCACAGGCCGGUCUGUCGGGAGUGUUUUCUCAGUGGAGAGUCCCUCUUCCCAAAUGACCCUAGCUUGUGUCAAGUUGACAUAAAACUAGCUUGCACAGCUUUUGUUUUAAAAAAAUCUACGUGAUUGUAUGUACGUUGGAUGAAGUGUCCACAGAAGCCAGAAGAGGAUGCAACUGGAAUUACAGAUGAUACAAGUUGCUCAACGUGGGUGCUGGGAAUUGAACUCUGGUCUGCUGCAGGAGCAGUAAGUACUCUUAACCAGAGAACCGUCUCUCCAGCCCCAAAUUUAAAAUUAUAUACAUAUAUAUACAUACAUAUAUACGUUCAUACACAUAUACACACAAGAUAUGCAUAUACAUACAAUAUACAUGUAUGUGUGUGUGUGUGUUUAGGUGAGAGGUCAAGUUAUCACAGUUUACCAUGUCAGCUCUGGACUGAACUCAGGUCAUCAGGGUUGGGAGCAUAUGCCUUUACUCACUGAGCCAUCUCCUCAGCACUGAAUUAUUAUUAUUUUUUAACUCCUCUGGUCCUGACAGAAUGAGUUCCACUGGUGUUUUGGGUCCGCUGAUCUUUCUUCAUCCUUGCGUCUGCUCUCAGGCUUGCUAGUGUGUGUUUAAAUUUCAGCUACUGUACAUUUCUGUUUUAGAAUUCCCUUUUGUUGGUUUAAUUCCAUCUCUCUCCUGGGAAUCUCUACCUAUUCACUCAUGAAGAUAAUGUUUUUCUUUGAUCUUUGGACAUAAAGCAGCUGCUUGUGGUCCCCGACUGCCCAUCUCUAUAAUGAGAUCAUCCCCAAUUCUUUCUGCUGGUUGCUUUUACUUCUGAGGGUAACUUACGCCACAAAAUCUUUUGUGCCUGGUUAUUUUGAUCAUGUGCUUGAAUUUAUGAAAAUACAUUUGGAGACUCUGAGUUCUAUUAUCUUCUUGUGACUAUGGGUUUUGGUUUAAGCAGGUAGCCAACUGCUGGCCAAAUCUUUUGAACUUGUGUAAGUCUGAUUUUACACUAGGAAUGGUGGAGGACAGGUACAAAUAUGGGAAACCCGCUCAGCCUCCACUCAAGAUCCCAUCCAUGUGCCCGGAAUCCUCAUGUGGGCUGGGCCAGGGGCGUCCGCAGUGAGUCUUCCUCAAGGCUCAAGCACAGUGGUCUUGGGUCCCAGCUGAAUGCUGGGGGAGUCUACUUAGUCCUGUGGUCCUCUGUUGUGGUCUGGCUCUGACUAGCUAUAGCUUGGCCUAGCCUCCUGGUCGGAACAUAGGUAUAGGUAGACAGGCAUCAGAUCCCUUUCCACCUCCCUGCCUAUCUAUAUCUGGGGUAUAUCCUGCCCAUGUUUCAGGUGCUUCCCUGCCUACCUUGGCUCUCCACCCACCCACUUUGCACACUUCAUUUGGAAGCUGGGUUGGCAAAUAGCUGGACAAAAGUGUGGUUCAUUUGACUCGUGCAGGAGCCACAUGUAUGCAUCGGUCUAGCCCGGUCUGUGUGUGGACAUCUCCUAUUUGCAUCAGCCAUGCAGUUAGGAGAGGGCUCCUCAGCCAUUGCCUGUUCUAUCAGGGUUUCUACUUUGCUACACUCUACAUCUUCAGUUCGCUGUUUCCAAAGGUCCAUGUUCAUGCAGUGGUUAAAGCUCGAGCUGGUCUUUGAGAACCUGUCUCUUCAGCCUCAGUAGGGAGCUCUUAAGGGGAAGCCGACAUUGUGACAGACAUCUGGUCCACCUCCUUAUUAGUACUAAGAUCUUGGAGAAUGUGGCCAGAGUGUGCAGUGCAUAAAAGUCAAUGAGGCUGGCUCUCCUGCCCACAUCAGGCUCUCCUACAAGCCCAUAGCCUUGCUGCAUGAAGUCAGGCAGUCUGCUGAGAUGGUCUGGCCUUUUGAACCACUUUCUGCUUCUUUCCAGUGUGAUAUCUUCUCCACUUCUGAAGGAAGAGGAAGAGGAGUAAGCAGAGGCUGUAAUGAUGUUCAGACAUUGCUCACAGCUGAACCGAUUGUUAGGUUGCUAGGUUGAUAACUCCUGGCCUGCAUCUUCCCGCAUAGCAUCUUGUCUCAAAGCUUCCUUCCUGUCAAGGAUAGAGUUGAAGUGGAAACAAAGAGACAUGGAACCUUUCCUAAGAAUGACUUUAGGCGCUUUCAGAUGUGGUCUCUGUGUUUACAGCAGGUUCUGGGAUGGCAGAGCAUGGUAAGAAUAUACCAUAUGCCUUUGUUUUCUGGUACUGUGGCUGUGGAAGGGCAGGUUGAGAGCCAGUAGGGAAGAGUCAGCCUCACAUGAAUGUUGUGUCUCUUCAUUUAUUCUAGAGAGGCAUCCAAAAGACCCGGGGUUGACUCAGACACCUCUCUCUUAACCCUGACUUACCUGUAUGGAUACCUACCGGUGCCAUUAUAGUGCUGUUUUUCAUGAUGGCACUUGUCACUCACUACUGAACACACCAAAAGGGGGGAUGAGCCUAAAGCCUUGGCCUCUGUACAGGUUCCAGCUUUGGCCCCUGCAAAUAUGUACUGGCUUCACCUGCUGUCCAAGGAUAUGGAUGGUCCUAUGUGUCUUUCCUCAGGACACUGAUAGAUGAGGGCACCUACUGCUUUCAUCUCCUAUGCAUUGAGGAGCUUUUCAGAACACAGGAAAAAAUAAUCUUUGAUAAAUAAAAGGACUGUCAUCUCAUAGGGAGGACAUCUGUAAUCCUGAACUCCUGUGUGCUCAUGCAAGGAAAUCAGGAAUUCAUGGGGCAUGGAAGAAUUCAGCUGGCACCAGGAAAGGAUAGCUUGGGAGCCUAGAUGUAGCAGCAGCUAGAGAGCUGCAUUAGUCAUGGAGUUGGGCAAAUAAAACAAGAACAUAGACAAUAGCAAAGCUAGCUUGGGAAGCCAGAGGAAGCAAACAAGGAAGACCAGCUGCAUUCUGGGUAGUUGAGACAUUGAUCUGGGUAUAAAAGCCACCCCAGGAAGGAGCUUCAGACAUCCUUACCCUUCUCCAGACCAGCAAGCCUUUGCCAUGUGUUCCACCAGCUGCUCUUCAGGCUGCCAGCCAGCCUGCUGUGUAUCCAGCCCUUGCCAGACAUCUUGUUGCCUGUCCAGUCCCUGCCAGCCAUCCUGCUGUAUCAACCCCUGCCAAUCAACCUGCUGCAGGCCUGUUAUAUGCGUUCCUGUGAGAUACCAGGUAGCAUGCUGUGUGCCUGUGAGUUGCAGGCCCACUGUGUGCAUGGCCCCCUCGUGCCAGUCCUCUGUGUGUGUGCCUGUGAGCUGCAGGCCUGUCUGUGUGACCUCCUCCUGCCAGUCAUCCGGGUGCUGCCAGCCCUCCUGCCCCACCCUGGUCUGCAGACCUGUUACCUGUGGCACCUCUUCCUGCUGCUGA